CGAGCCACGCUGUCCUCCCUCCUCCUGCGCAGGUCACGUGCUCCCAGCUCGCAGACAACGUCACGUGACGUGCGCUGGGCUCUCGGUGCGACAGUGACAUCAGCGCCGGAAGUUCGCAAGAAUGAGUUAUUCGGAGAAACCCGAGGAGAUCACAAAGGACGAGUGGAUGGAGAAACUAAACAACUUGCACAUCCAGAGGGCGGAUAUGAACCGACUCAUCAUGAACUACCUGGUAACAGAAGGAUUCAAAGAAGCGGCAGAGAAGUUUCGUCUGGAAUCUGGAAUCGAGCCAAGUGUGGAUUUAGAGAGCCUUGAUGAAAGGAUAAAGAUUCGGGAGAUGAUCCUUAAAGGGCAGAUCCAGGAAGCCAUCGCUCUGAUUAAUUCUCUACACCCAGAGCUGCUGGACACUCAUCGCUACCUCUACUUCCACCUACAACAACAACAUCUAAUAGAACUGAUCAGGCAGCGGGAGACGGAAGCGGCCUUGGAGUUUGCCCAGACCCAGCUGGCCGAGCAGGGAGAGGAGAGUCGGGAAUGUCUGACGGAGAUGGAGAGGACACUGGCACUACUGGCGUUCGAUAACCCAGAGGACUCUCCGUUCGGUGACCUACUUAACAUGAUGCAGAGACAGAAGGUCUGGAGCGAAGUCAACCAGGCCGUGUUGGACUACGAGAACCGCGAGUCCACGCCCAAGUUGGCCAAACUGCUAAAACUCCUCCUGUGGGCGCAGAACGAGCUAGAUCAAAAGAAAGUCAAAUACCCCAAGAUGGCCGACCUCAGCAAAGGAACGGUGGAGGACCCCAAGUAACGGAUAAGAGGACCCGCAUCCCUCGCAAACCUCCUGCAUCAUCAGUCUGUGACUGCAACGUUUUCUAUCAGUAUGCCAACUUGGACACUUCCUGUUUUUGGGUCUCUGACAUCACUUCCUGUUUAUAGGAACAAGGGUCCAACGAAGAUUUAGGGGGGGUUUUUCUUGGUGUUUUAUCUGCAGACAAUGCUAGCGCUAGUAUCACGUCGGGUCCCACCACCGAGGGAAGACCCAACGACAUGCCGUCUAUGGAGCAGAGCUGUGAAACGGGAACAUGUCCUCACUACAGAGGAAGCCCACAACAUAGAUAGUGUGAUGAUCUAUGAAAUAUAUAUUUAUUUAUCCCUUUUUCUUUCUUUUUUUUUACCACGGAGAGAUGUACUGUAUAUAUAGAGUGUGAGUUCUGUUGGCAAGCUGUCCCCCAUCUUUGUUAUUUCGAGUCGUAAUUAUAAUAGACCCCUUUUUCUUGAAAUUUC